AUGUUGGAUUUUGCAAAGCUAAAGAUAGGGAAUCCAUUGCUGGAAUUCAACACGGAUUUCAAUUCAAGAGGCACAUAUUUAUGGUCUCAUGGAGUGAUUUCAGACUAUGCAUAUAAACUUCUAAACACAGUUUGCAGCAUUUCCCAAAUGACAAGAGAAUCCAUUGUUGAAGGCAAUAAUAUCUCAGCUGCAUGUUCAGAAAUCGAUGAUUUGGUGUCCCAACAGAUCUCUGAUUUCAUCAAUGUGUAUUCUAUCAAUGUGGAUGUGUGUUUAACUCAGCCCCCGGCUGCUCCUGGCACCCUCCAUUCGCUCACUUCCACCAGACAAGGAGAUCAAGCUAACGUAGCCAAAUCGUCCUCCACUGCCCUCCCACAAUACUUUGAGGAUGGAAAGAUAGACGUGUGCAUAUUAAAUGAAGUGGAUGCAUAUCUAAACAGAGCGGAUGUGCAAGAGGCUCUUCAUGCGCGGCUGGUUGGAGUAUCUAGUUGGUCCCUAUGUAGCGGUGUUUUGAACUAUGAUUUGACCGACUUAUUCAUACCCACCAUUCAAACUGUUGGUUCACUCCUGCGUUCUGGGCUAAGGGUUUUGGUUUACAGUGGAGAUCAAGAUGCUGUAAUUCCAUUACUUGGAACUCGAACUCUGGUGAAUAAGUUGGCAAAGGCUUUAAAAUUAAACGACACUCUGCCUUACUCACCUUGGUUUUACAAACAACAGGUUGGAGGAUGGGUAGAAGGAUUUGGGGAGAAGAAUAUUCUAUCAUUCGCCACCAUUAGAGGAGCAGCUCAUCAAGCUCCCUACACUUCUCCAGGGAGAUCCUUGGCACUCUUCACAGCUUUCCUAGCAGGACAAAACCCAUGA